AAGAGAGAAGGAAAGAAAAGCCUUGCACUUUUGCUAAAGACAAAACAGCAUUUCGUCAGCUUCCAUUAAACCCUCUGUUCCUUUCUUUUCUUAAUUUCAUUGCAUUUCCUUUGCUUUCUUCUUCUUCUUCUGUCUCUCUCUCUCACUUCCAUUAAUCUUUUAUCUGUAUAUCUCUGCAGCCCACCACCUUGGAAUCAAACAAGCAAGAGCUCAUUAUUUCUUAUGUUCUUUCAUUGACUAUUUUACAACAAAAAUCUCUCAAUAUCUUAACUUUUUUUUUGUUGGUUUGUUCUUCUUUCUGUUGAUAUGGUCUUAGCACAGUAGACCCAAAAAAGAAGAAAAAUAAUGGAUCCGGAGAGGCCCCAUCGAAGUACUAGCAUCAACAACAGCAGCAGUAGCAGUAACACAACAAGCACCACGAGCGAGCUCUUCAUUUGUUUCACUUCACGCCUUUCUUCUUCCUCAAUGAAACUCUCUUCAAAAUCCAUCCUUAGUCCUGGUCGCACUAGGGAAUCUUCACAAAUCUCUCUUUCUUCAUCCCUUAGUAGGAGAUUGAAAAGUAAUGGUAGCAUGAAAGGUGGUCAAGCUUCACCAAUGUUCCCUGCAAAUGGCAAAAAAAGAGGCUGUGCCUUUGAAAACCCUGAGCCUUCUUCCCCUAAGGUUACUUGUAUAGGCCAAGUUAGAGUCAAGACCAAGAAACAGGGCAAAAAGUUUAAAGCUUGCAGAUCUAAAAGAAGAGGGGAAGUAAGUUUCAGGAAAGUCGAUCAUAACAACGUCAACAAUGGAAGCAACAGUCUUGAUACAAGUAGCUGCCAGGAUUACAACAUGGGUCAUUUUCUGAGCAAUAAUAAUCAUCAUCACCAGCAACAACAGCAACAAGAAUGCAAGAAAUGGGUGCAUUUGCCAUUGACUAUUUGUGAAGCAUUGAGGGCAUUUGGGGCUGAGUUUAACUGCUUUUUACCUUGCAGGUCUUCUUGUAUGGCUAACCAAAGGGAUAAAGAAGAGAAAACAGGAGGAUCUGGUGGAAGUAAUGGGAACGGAAAUGGGAGUUCUUGUGGGGCUGUGUUUGCUAGGUGGCUUGUGGCAGUGCAAGAAGGGGAAGGGAAAGAGAGGGAGAUUGAGUUGGUUGUUGGUGGGGAAGAUGAUGAGAGGAGGGAAAGUAGUGAGAUGAUGAGAAGUAGUCAAAGGAGGCAUGUUUUCGAGGAUAUCGAAAUAAAUGAUUGUGGUAAUGAAAAUGUGGGUGAUGAAGAAGCUAGGGUGAGUAUUUGCAUACCACCAAAGAAUGCUUUGUUGUUGAUGAGGUGUAGAUCUGAUCCUGUUAAAAUGGCGGCUCUCGCUAAUAAGUUUUGGGAGACUCCAGUGCCUAAAGAUGAUGAAGAAGAAGAAGAAGAAGAAGAAGAAGAAGAGGAAGAGGAAGGAGCUGAAAAUAAAAGCAAAGAGAAAGAGGAAGAGGAAGAGAGCCAAAAGGAUGUUGUGGAAGGGGAAAGAGAAGGAAGGCGAGUAAAAUUUGAGCAAGAAAUGGAACAUCAAGAAGUGAGUGAAGUUAGUGAAAUGUUUGUUUCUUGUGAAGCAACUGAAGAACAAGAAAUCCCAGAAGCUGAAGCUGAAACAGAGGCAGAGUCUGUUUUUGUUGGGGAUGAAGCUGAACUAGUAGAAGAAACUCUGGAAAGAAGCUUAAAAGAGGAAACAAUUAUAGAAUGUCAGAUCAAGAACAAGAAAGUGAAAUGGCCUCGGGAUGAGCAACAACAAGAAGAAGAAGCAGAAGCUGAAGAGGAAAAUGUUUUGGUCAAGGAGAGUGAAAGUCAACAGAAUUUAUUGCCAGAUUGUUUACUGUUAAUGAUGUGUGAGCCAAAGCUGUCAAUGGAGGUAUCGAAGGAGACUUGGGUAUGUAGCACGGAUUUCAUCAGGUGGGUACCAGAGAAGAAAAAGCAGCCAGCGGUCAAACAAAAGGACGGCGGAGAUGAGCCCAAAAGAAGACUCAGCAUUGACUCUAAACCGUCCAUGUUGUUACAGCCGCCUAGGUCUUCCUGCUCUUUCCCGGCUGCUCCACCAAUGGCCAAGGCGGCUAAUGGAGCUGGCGCAGAAGCUUGUGGGGGUAGCAAAGGGUAUGAGCCGUUUUUGCUCACGCGCUGCAAAUCGGAGCCGAUGAGGUCAUCGGCCAAGCGCCCGGAUGCUUGCUUUUGGAAGAACAGGAAGCUCGAGCCGGCUACACUUGGAGUUGGCGCCGCUGGAGUUGGUUUUUGAUGACAAGGUUAAAAAAAAAAAACCAUGGUAAUUGGUAAGUUGUAUGAGUAAAUGUUGUAGUUUUGAUCCUUCUAGACAGUAAAAAAUCUUUGGGGUUUGCUUUCUUUCCUGCUCUGGCUUUGCUCUGUACAUCAAUUUUUACUUGAAGCAAUUCUUUUUGUUUUCACCCCUAUUUUAGGCACAGCAAAACUGUAAAAGCUGUAAAACAGUGGAUUUGCUCUUUGAGCUUUCCUUUUCAAGGGUAGCACAGUAAAAAAAAAAAAAGGGGUGUGAUUUUGAUUAUGGAUCAUAUUCUGUGGAUGAUGAAAUUAUUGAGAAGCUGACGAUGAUGGAUGAAAAAAUUGCAUGUUACCUGUGGGCUGGCAAAGGGUCCACCAAUUUUCAAUUCUGAGCCGUUAGAUUGGCUUUGAUGGGUGGGACAAUGAAAGCAAUGGCCAGGCAAAUGAUUUGAUGGGAAGGAAGAAUUAUUAAAGCUUUUGAUGGUUUGGUCUGAGGGAUGUUUUCAAAUCAAUGUCUCUAAACAAAGGGGUUGGAGGGAAGAUGUUGUCAAACUUAUGGUCCUUCAAGGUCCCCCAUUUGGUCAAAUUUUUGUGGAUAAGAGACUUGAGAACAAGUCACAUGAGUUGUUUGAGCCUAACUUUGAUGUGGAUGUUAGGUUAAUUGUCAUGUUACUUAUAAAGUGGUAUGUGAGCCAGUGCAAAUCGAAAGUGGUAGUAGAGUGGUCUUGUUAUGAUUUUCUAAUCACUUUUCAUGUACAAUUUUAAAUUUAUCAUAUUUUAAAAUAUUUAUGUGA